AGAUAUGUUCAAAUCGUUUAAACUUUUGGAUGGCUGGCUAUGAAAAAGAAACAUACAAUGACUAAAGAGGCUAAAGAAUUAGUUUACGGCUGUAUCUAAGAGAAUCGAUUACAUGAAAUCGUUUUAAUGCUCAUGGAAUAUUUUCUGAGAGUGAAUUGUAACAGACCAGUCCCAUAACUAGCGUAAGGCGGAAUUUCAAUCAAUUUGAAGGAAUACAUCAAUCAGGAUGUUUACGUUAUUUCUAUAGGUACUGAAAUUUUCUUUCUGUUGAAACAUUUUAUUUGGAAAUACAUGUUAUUUGAAGGUUGACAUUAACGGGUAACUUUCAAAGGAGUGGUGUAAUUGACAAAGGGAAGGAAUAAAAUUACAUACGGAAUACAAAAAACAGAUCGCAGAGUUACUGGAAUUUCGAAUAAGCAUCGGAAUGGUUUAAUACACACUAUUUUGGACUUUAAUAGUACAGCAAAUAUAUCAAUACACGCCACUAUGCCGUCCUACAGCGCCGAAUCCCUAUCGAAACAUUCCUUCGGUGAAAUUGACGCUUCCGGUUAUAACAGGUCGAACAUAACCUACAUGACAGACGGAGCUGAUAUGGAGACCCUGCAACAUCAGCAGUUCUUAAUUCUUCUGCCUUCAUUCAUAUAUACAGCAUUUCUGAUGAUGGUGGGAAUGCCAGGCAAUUUCAUCGUGAUAAUUGUUUAUCUUCUGAAAAUGACUAAAACAACAUCCAGACAUUUCAUUAUAUCCUUGGCAAUUUGCGAUUUCAUUAACUGUGCAUUUGGCAUGCCUGUUGAAUUGUCUUUGAUAUGGAACUUCUACAGUUUUGACUACCCGAUCCUGUGUAAAAUAUCAAGGUUUUCAACGUUUUUUAUGAACAAUACGUCGUCAUGUGUGCUAAUAGCUAUCGCUGUUGAUAGGUUCAGACGUGUUUGCCUCCCCUUACGUCCAAACAUGACUGUCAAACAUUCAAAAAUCAUUUGCAUCACUGUAACUAUAAUUUCUAUAAUCAGUGCAGUGCCGUCCUUGUUUAUUUACGGCACGAGAACCAUCCUUCUGCCUGCGCCAUUAAAUGACACCAUGUUUGUUCUGAAAACAUGCUACGUUGAUGACAGUGUGGGAACUAAGUUACCAUUAAUAUUUAACUUGUACAUGUUUAUCAUUAUUAUUCUAAUGAUACUAUGUUUAGGUAUCAUGUACGCUCUCGUGGGAAGGGUCGUCUGCAGCCGUAAACACUUUUCAGAUGAUAGUUUCCGGAAACUAAAAUUCGGAACCUCUGUCAGCGUGGAUUCAAAAAGCCGAUUUUCAACACGAUUUUUGAAGUCAUUUUCUGAACAUUCACCGAAACUUUUUCACUCGGCACGUACACAAGAAAGAAAAGAUUCUCCAGUACCAGAUAUUGCUGAACCAUUAGCUAUUCGUGAUCGGGCACAUUCGGAUAUUUCUGUCAGACGGCAUGGCGGAAAGGAAAUACGAGCUGGGCGGACAACCACGAUUCUAUUUAUAGUAACACUGAUAUUUGUGCUUUCCUUUGUUCCGUAUCUUGCUAUUGUUACGAUGCGGUACAUUAAAAAAGAUUUGACAAAGUCUAUGACGCCUGUGCAGUUAACAGUUUAUAAUUUGACGCUAAGAUCCUAUCUGCUCAACAGUGCAGUAAACCCGAUAGUGUACUGCUUUUUGAAUAGACAGUUUCGGAUGAAAGUAAAACUUUUUUUUGGAUCUAUUUUCUGUCGUUGCAAGAAAUGAGUAAAAAGGUCUUUUCUAGAUCAUUUACGUUAUCCAUAUAUAACAUUAUUCAUUGAUUUAAUCAGUUUUGAAAUAUUUUUACACACAAAAUAUGUUUACACACUGACUUCAUGAUAUUUGUAUAUACAUGUAUACCUGUAAUUUAAAUUUGUUUAAAUGUUUGUUUAAAGUUUAAACAGGCAAGUGGUCAAAUUUUAAUGCGUUUAUCGUGGGUUUUCGUUUGUCACACAUGUAAUAAAUGGGCAUGCUUGA